ACUCCUAAUACCCACACUCUCGACUCGAUACCAAUUCGCAUAUAAACCGAGUCCCAAUUGCACGUCUUGUCUCUCAUCGCAUUGCAUCAUCGCUGCAUUGAGUCAUCGCCAAUUAGCGCAAUUGCAUACAUACCUCUUCAUACCCGCACACCACCACAACCCACAUACAACACACACACACACACACACACACACACACACACACACUCAACACAAUCCACCAUGCCGGGAUCAUAUCGAGUCAUUGAACCGCACCCCUCGGUUCCUCACACCGGCCGUCCCGCUCUGCACACGGCUCGUGGAGGCGCCGGCAAUGUCAUCAAUCUCAAGGGCACCAAGACCACUCCCUCGCAGACGGCCUCGGGACCGGCGUCCUUGACGCGCCUCGACUCGCGCGUGCCCAGCACCUUCAAGUCUGGCCGGGGCGGCGCCGGCAACGUCCACAGUGGCAGCGAGCGCGCCAUCUUCAGCUUCGACGAGGAGUUGGAACGGGAGCUCCGCCGCGCCGCGCCCGUCUACCACGUCGGCCGCGGCGGUGCCGGCAACAUGGUCUUCAGCGACGACUCGUCCAGCAGUCUGUCGCGCAAGUUCUCCGCCAGCAGCAACGGCACCAGCAGCAGCUCUGGCUCCGCGCGCGAGCGUGCUCUCCGAGGCCUAAAUAAGGGCUGGGGCAAGCUCCGGGGCAUGGCCUAAGCCAGCCAACCCGGGACAACCAACCCACCAAAGAAGCAGUCCUUUGCGACUUUCCAACUUAUUCAUUUAUCAGCCUCUGCUUGUUCACCAAAGCGCCUGCGAACUUCGUCCUUCUGGAUCAUGACUCACGACUUUACGACUCCCACCCAAAAAAAGUUCUUGAUUUUGCCGCCUUACUUUUCCGGCUCGGGGGGAUUCGACCUCUACCUGCAUUUGUUCUCCGCCCAACUACGCAUCUAUCUAAUUUCUUUGAACCUUCAACCGUCAACCAACAAGGGGUGCUACUGUUUACACUCCAUGAGAUUUGAA